AUGGUGCUGCUGGCCGACCAAGCUAAGACUCUGAUGGAAGCAAUCUCAUGGUCAGGUGGCUUCCCAAUGCUUCGUGGCGGCGUCGUGACUUUCUCCUUGAAGCCCACGCAGCCCUUCUGCAUCACUGUGCAGCCAAAGCCAAACUUUUCAGGCAGUGACCAAGACGCUGGGUGGGUGGGUGUGCUUGUGAGCAAGGACUCUGCAAACAUAGUCCUGCGCCACAAGGGAGCCAUACACGUCGUGCCCACAGCUGACGCGCGUACUGGUGCAGCCACAGCCACAGGCUACGAGUUAGACAGGUGGCUCAGCUACUGGGUGUCCUUCGACCCCGACACCUGCACGCUGAAAUACGGCGUGGGCCACCAUAUGGAGGAGACCACGAUGAUAACUUACGGCCUGCCCUCUGACAUGGGCGGCCUGUUCAUUACGACACCCAAGCUGGUCACCCUGCAGGGCUACACUGCUGGACCCGUCGAACGGCGAUCCAUUUUUGAGGCCAAGCUCAGCACCCUCGACGGUCACGAGGCAGCGACGGUGGAGUUUGCGCGGUGUCCACUGAUCGCCAACCCGCCGUCGCUGGUGAUGGACAGCAGCCGCCUCACCCUGCUGGACCUCGGCCGCCGCGCGUUCCUGCCCUCCUCCGACCUCCCGCCCGCUUGCCAGGUGUUGUACCAGCACCUGUCGCAGCCGUGCAUCGACCUGGACUGGUCGCCGGAGGGGGGCUCCUGCCGCCUGACGGACGCCAUCCGCCACAGCCUCAGCACCCCCGGAGCACUCCUGCACACCCGCUGCCAGGCAAGCCCCCUGCCCUGCCCAGCUCCAGGCAUCCUGCAACUUAGAUUGAUCUGA